GGAAAGAGAAAUCGGGUGCUCCCAGAGAGAAAAGAGAGAGAGAGAAGGGAGAAGGGAGAGGUCAAAGGAGGAGCUCGAAUCCGCCAUUUCCGAGCUCGGGUUUCCCCCCUUCGCGUUCGUCUCGUCCCGGCAAUCCGUUUCAAGGUAGCAGCUGGAGAACUUGGAGUCAGAGUGAAUAUAGAAAUGAUUUUGUGGGCGGUUGAUACCAGAGUUCUCUUUUAAUCACGCCUCUGAUCUUUAAAGUGCUAUGUGACUAAGUUUACUUCAUUAUUUGAAUCCAUUGGAGUCUGGAGAAAGGUGUUAUGGAGAUAUCCCUGUUGAAGGCACUACUAAGUAAUAUCUCCUUAUAUUUUCAUCUAUCAUCUUCUGAUAGCAUAAACUUGGAACCAGCUCAGAAAUAUUAUAAAAAGGCAGAGGAAAUAUUGAAGCUGGUGAAGCCAAUUCUUGAUGUCAUUGUUGGCUCUGAAGUAGCUUCUAACGAGUCACUUAAUAAGGCUUUUGGAGAGAUUCAUCAAUCUGUGGAGGAUUUAAGGGAGCUCUUUGAAAGCUGGCAGCCAUUGUCGAGUAAAGUUGAUUUUAUUCUUCGAGUAGAGGUCUUGAUAUCAAAAAUUCGAAGUGCUGGCCUUGAUACUUUCCAGCUGCUGAAGUCUGCUGAUCAAAACCUCCCUGAUGAGUUGAGUUCAGGGUCACUGGAGCACUGCGUGCAGAAGAUCAAGCAUAUAGAAUAUGAUCAAGCAUGUUCGGUCAUUACAGAAGCCAUAAAGGAUCAAGCAGAGGGUGUUGGUCCCAGCUCUGCAGACCUUGUGAAAAUUGCAGAAAUUUUUAGUUUAAAGUCAAACCAGGAGAUCUUGAUUGAGGCUGUUGCCCUUGAAAAAUUGAAGGAGAAUGCAGAGCAAUCUGAGAACACCAGUGAGGUGGAUUAUUUUGACCAAUUGAUCACUAUUAUCACACGGAUGCAUGAUCGUCUUGUGUUGAUAAAGCAGUCUGAGAUCUCCAGCCCCAUCCCAAUACCUGCAGAUUUUUGCUGUCCUCUCUCUCUUGAGCUGAUGACAGAUCCAGUUAUUGUGGCAUCAGGGCAAACGUAUGAAAGGGCAUUCAUCAGGAAAUGGCUGGACCUUGGGCUCACGGUUUGUCCAAAGACACGGCAAACAUUGGGUCACACAAAUCUAAUACCUAAUUAUACUGUAAAGGCACUAAUUGCUAAUUGGUGUGAAUCCAACCAUGUGAAGUUGCCUGAUCCUAUGAAAUCUGUGAGCUCAAACCAACCUUCGCCACUGCUUAGCCAUGCAGAGUCUGGUACAAUCAGGGAGCCACAUAUCAGGGGGAACCCCCCAAUGUCACCUGAGUCUGUCCGACACAUGGGUUCGCCAGUUAAGAACUUUGUUGCAUCUAGUGGUGUUCCCCAGGAUGCGAAUUCUCCGUCACAUCCUCGUUCUAGGUCAGAUGCUUUGUUGUCAACUGUUGCUGGAGAUGGACGGGGCUUGGAUAUUGGAAGAUUAUCUAUAGCAGCCUCUGAAGAAAGUUCGGUUAACUUUGAAGAAGGUCCUAUUGAUUCAUCUCUCCAAGUGUCUACGUCCCCAAACAGGAGUGAAUUCUCCAAUGGCAUUGGUGCUGAUGAGCGGAUGUUGAACCACAAGAGAACUGUUUCGGCAUCUGGCACACAUUCUGGUGCAAGUAGGCCUCUAGGAUCAUCUGGAGAUGCAAAUGGAUCUACUAAUCUGACAGGCUACAGUAGUGACGCUUCUGGGGAGAUGAAACCUGAACUACAGUCUCCUAACAACGUGACUACUACUCAGCGAGAACCGGAGUUUCCUCCUCGAAUGGUAGAGACAAGGUCAAGAAGCCAGACGAUAUGGCGUCGGCAGCCAGAUAGGUUUGGUCCAAGGAUCAUUUCUUCUCCUGCUGUUGAAGCAAGAGCUGAUCUCUCUGAAAUUGAAACUAAAGUCCGAAAGCUUGUUGAUGCCUUGAAAAGUGAUUCAGCUGAAACUCAAGGAGAAGCAACAGCUGAAAUUCGACUUUUGGCUAAGCACAACAUGGACAACCGCAUUGUAAUAGCAAACUGUGGUGCCAUUAACUUGUUGGUGAGUUUGCUUAGAUCUCCAGACAUCAAGAUUCAGGAAGAUGCUGUCACAGCACUUCUUAAUCUGUCAAUCAAUGAUAACAACAAGAUUGCAAUUGCUAAUGCUGAUGCAAUUGAUCCUUUGAUCCACGUUCUCCGGACUGGCAGUCCUGAGGCCAAGGAGAACUCAGCUGCCACUCUUUUUAGUCUCUCUGUGAUCGAAGACAAUAAAGUCAAAAUUGGAAGGUCGGGGGCGAUUGAACCUCUGGUUGAUUUGCUUGGCAAUGGUACUCCAAGAGGCAAAAAAGAUGCAGCCACAGCUUUGUUCAACUUAUCCAUCUUUCAUGAGAACAAGGCACGUAUUGUGCAAGCCGGUGCUGUAAAGUACCUCGUGGAGUUGAUGGACCCGGCUGCUGGGAUGGUUGAUAAGGCAGUAGCUGUGUUGGCAAAUCUUGCCACAAUUCAAGAGGGAAGGACUGCUAUUGGACAGGAAGGUGGAAUUCCGGUUCUAGUUGAAGUUGUUGAGUUAGGUUCUGCAAGAGGAAAGGAAAAUGCUGCUGCUGCUCUUCUGCAGCUUUGUACCAAUAGCAACAGAUACUGUAGUAGGGUGCUCCAAGAGGGAGCUGUCCCACCAUUGGUGGCUUUGUCUCAGUCCGGCACCCCAAGGGCUAAAGAAAAGGCGCAGGCACUUCUCACCUAUUUCAGAAAUCAACGACAUGGCAAUGCUGGGAGGGGCUGAUCCUGAUUGUACCUUUGCCCUAGAUUUUGAGGCAAGUUCACGAGUGUAGAAUGUAUAUUUGAUUAUGCAAAUAAUGCAUGUGAGAAUUGGUGUUUGGAUUAAAGCAUGAUCUGUAAAGAGAUUGUCCGUGGAGGAUAUUAGUUUGUCCUCUAAUACGUCCUUUGUGAAUGUGGAUUGAAAAUUUGUAAUGUGAUCCUCAUCUUGGCAGUGACUUGGGCUACUCAAUGACUUAUAAGUGACCAAUUUUCUUGUUGAUGGAA